UAUUUAAUUACCUAUGCAGGGAAGGAUACAGCAGACUACAGGCGCAUCAAGCGUUGCUACAUUUUUAAAUGUUCCAUUUGCACUUUGCAAAAUAUUGAAAAUGAGCUUCCUUCUGAGUCUGGUGCUAAAAAUUUCAUCUCCUCUGAAAAAAUCGUUAGCGAAGAGAACACUACGGAGAAAGUAAAUUCUUCUCCUCAGUAUACUCCAGUCAUUUUCGUCCCUCCACCAUUGAUAUCACCUAUUUCAUCACCCAUUUAUGUCCCCCCUCACAUGAUGUCACCUUUGUCUUCUCCAUUUUUUGGUUUUGCACCAUCAGAAGAACAAUGUUCUGGAGCUGGAGAAGAAAGGUCAAACAUCGAUCCAGAAUCUUCUCUAGCAGUUGACAAUAUACAGAUUGAGCCAUCAGAACAGCAAGGUUCUCCAUCUUCGGAAACUGAGGGAGAAAGGUCAAACAUCGAUCCUGAACCUGCAGCUUCCCAGCCGUUGCAGAAGAAAUUUAAGAUUGUUGAGAGUGGCUCUAUGAAGAAAUCCAAUAUUUUGCUCGAUGGCUCGGGGUUCCGUUACGGAGUCAAACGCAAAAAUCAAAGCGGUGUUACUUGGCGAUGCAAUUUUCGAGGCUUGAAGGGGAAGAAGUCAUGCACUGCGACUGUGAAGGAAGUAAAUGGACGAUUUAUCGAAGGACCAGCUGCGCAUAGCCAUUAGGAUUAUUGCCAUAUUCAUGUUGUAUCCAAUAAAUUGUCAUAAUUACACUGUG